GCUCCUCAGAGCGCUUCGCACUCCCUCCUAAAUCCAGCCGGGAACGGCGGAAUGACUCUGCCUGGAAAUGGUGGGAUGGAGCCUAAAUCCCCUGGGACUAAGCCUAAAUCCCCUCCAGCUGAGCCUAAAUCCCCUGGGAUUGAGCCAAAGCGCCCCAACGGUGGAGCUUCCCUUGGAUAGGGGCGAUACUGGAAAAGGCGGGCGGUGACGCCAUCUCGCCCCGCCCCUUCCCGGCCCCUCCUGAGGCGGCUCCGUCAUUUUCCCGGGGCCGGUUCUGGGCCCGUGGACAGCGCCCGUCCCGGGCUCCUUCGCCACCGGAGCGUCCCCAAGGUGUCCCCAGUGAUCAUGGAGCCCCAAGAGCUAUCCCCGGCCCUGCUGCAGCCACAGGUCAUCGUGGUGGCCACCCUGGGCGAGCUGCUGGCCACCCUGCCCAGCCUGGACGAGAUGACUUUGUUCGUGUCCCCAUCGCACCUGUACUGCGACCUGAUGGACUUCACCAAUGAGCUCCGGGACAGUCUAUACCGCAUUGAUGACACCAGGUGGCACCACAAAGUCACCUUCGAUGAUGAUGAGCCUCCCGCCUCCCUGAGCCGGGCCCUGGCCGCCUCCAAGAGCAUCUCAUGGACCUCCUGGUCCUGUGUGCAAACGGACGCCUGGGAGUGGCAGCAGUCAGUGGCUGCACUCGUGAAAAGGUGGGCCGACCUGGCCCGGGCAGCCACCAAGCUCCCCAACAUCUGCAGGGAUUUGGCCACCAAGGCGGCCGACAUGGCCACCACUGCCACUGCCCGGGCCAGGGAGCUGCAGGUCAAGGCUGCCCGUUAUUGGACAGCUCAGGAAAACAUGGUGGAGCUGGGUCUGGCCCUGGCCAGGGAGGAGGGGGCUGAGGUGGUUGCCAGGCAUGAAGCCCAGGUGAGGAGAGAUGCCAUGGAGGCUUCCAGCAAGGCAACAAGGGCCACCAUGGUGAGACAGAGGAUGGAGGUGGCCCUGGGGCUGCUGGAGCGCUUGGUGGCUGUGUGUGACGAAGCCACCGCGUUCCCCCAGGAGCUGCAGCGCCUGCUCAGGGACAUCGAGGCUGCCCUGAAGGGGACAAAUGAGGCAUCCCGUGAUGUCCCUGAGGACUUGGUGGCCAAGGUGGCCAUGGCCGAGCGGCUGUGGGAGGCCAAUGCCUGUCUGACCAAGGAUCACCUGGUGGGGACACUUCAAGACAUCAUCGACUUCUUGUUCCAUGGUGCUCCCACCAGCCGCAGUGCCCGUGAGGUGGCCAAGCGAUGCCAAAGAGCCAUCGAGGACAUCCCAAGGCUCUUUCGACGCCUGGAGUGUCCCCAGAGAGUCCCCAAGGUGUCCCCAGUGAGCAUGGAGCCCCAAGAGCUGUCCCCGGCCCUGCUGCAGCCACAGGUCACUGUAGUGGCCACCCUGGAUGAGCUGCUGGCCACUCUGCACAGGCGGGCUGAGAUGAUGCUGCUACUCACGUCAACAGUGAGCCUGUACCAGGACCUGGAGGACUUCACCAAUGAUCUCAAGGCCACCCUGUAUCGCAUUGGUGGCACCUGGUGGCGCUGCAAUGUCACUGUGGAUGAUGAUGACUCUGUCACCUCCGAUGAUGAUGACCCUCCCGCCUCCCUGAGCCGGGCCCUGGCCGCCUACAAGAGCACCCCAGAGACCACCAGGUUCCGUGUGCAAAUGGAGGCCAGCAAUUGGCAGUGGUCAGUGGAUAUGCUUGUGAACAGGUGGGCCUGGCUGGCCAGAGCAGCCACCAAGCUUCGCAACACCUGCAGGGUGACGGUCACUGAGGCAGGCUACAGAGUUGCCACUGCCACCACCCGGGCCAGGGAGCUGCAGGACAAGGUUGCCCGUUACGGGACAGGUCAGGAAAACAUGAUGGAGCUGAAUCAGGCCAUGGGUGGGGAGGAGGGGGCCGAGGUGCUGGAUGGGCAUGAAGCCCAGGUGAGCAGAGAGGCUAGGGUAGCUGCCAGAGAGGCGACAAUGGCCACCAAGGUGAGACAGCGGGCAGAGGAGGCCCUGGGGCUGCUGGAGCGCUUGGUGGCCGCGUGUGACGAAGCCACCGCCUUCCCCCGGGAGCUGCAGCGCCUGCUCUGGUUAUCCAAGGCCACUGUGAAGGGGACAAAUGAGGCAUUCCGUGAUGUCCCUGAGGACUUGGUGGCCAAGGUGGCCAUGGCCGAGCGGCUGUGGGUGGCCAACGCCCGCCUGGUCAAGCAUCACUUGGGGAAGACACUUCCAGACAGCAUUAAAUUCUUGUUCAGUGCUGGUCUUGACAGCCCCAGUACCUGUGGGGUGGCCGAGCGAUGCCAAAGAGCCAUGGAGGACAUCCCAAGGCUCCUUCGACCCCCGCAGUGUCCUCAAGUUGUCCCCAAGGUGUCCCCAGUGAGCAUGGAACUCCAAGAGCUGUCCCCAGCCCUGCUGCAGCCACAGGUCACCGUGGUGGCCACCCUGGGUGAGCUGCUGGCCGCUCUGCCCAGGCGGGACAAGGAGAUGAUGUUGCCUGUAUCCCCAUUGCGCCUGUACUGGGACCUGGAGGAAUUCACCAAUGAGCUGCGGACCGCCCUGUACCGAACUGAUGGCACCUGGAGCCGUGACAAUGUGGCGACAAUGUGGCGACAAUGUACCAUCCCCGUGGACGACGAUGACCCUCCUGCCUCCCUGAGCCAGGCCCUGGCUGCCUACAAGAGCACCCCAGGGACCCCCCAGAACUGUGUGACAAUGGUGGCCAGCGAGUGGCAGGGGUCAGUGGCUGUGCUUGUGGACAGGUGGGCUGAGCUGGCCAGAAAGGCCAGGGAGCUCUGCAACACCUGCAGGGAUUUGGCCACUGAGGCGGCCGACAGCGUGGCCACUGCCACCACCCGGGAAAGGGAGCUGCAGGCCGAGGCUGCCCAUGAUGGGACAGCUCAGGAAAACAUUGUGGAGCUGGGUCAGGCCCUGGGAGGGGAGGAUGGGGCCGAGGUGGUGGCUGGGUAUGAAGCCCAGGUGAGGGAAGAUGCCAUGGACACCACCAGCAAGGCAAGAAGGGCAGCCAUGGUGAGACAGCAGGUGGAGGCGGCCCUGGGGCUGCUGGAGCGCUUGGUGGCCGCGUGUGACGAAGCUGCCACGUUCCCCCGGGAGCUGCAGCACAGGGUUGGGGACAUCGAGGCCACACUGAAGGGGACAAAUGAGGCAUCCUGCGAUGUCCCCGAGGACUUGGUGGCCAAGGUGGCCAUGGCUGAGUGGCUGUGGGAGGCCAAUGCCCGCCUGGUCAAGGAUCACCUGGCAGGGACACUUCAAGACAUCAUCGACUGCUAUUUCGGUUGCGGUCCCGACAGCUCCCGUUGCCGUAGCGUGGCUGAGUGGUGCCAAAGAGCCAUCGAGGACAUCCCAAGGCUCAUUCAACCCCCAGAGUGCCCCCAGAGCAUCCCCAAGUUGUCCCCAGUGAGCAUGGAACUCCAAGAGCUGUCCCCAGCCCUGCUGCAGCCACAGGUCACCGUGGUAGCCAUCCUGGGUGAGCUGCAGGCCACCCUGCCCAGUCUGGAUGAGAUGAUGCUGCUGCUGGUGUCUCCAAGCUGCCUGUACUGGGACCUGAUGGACUUCACCAGGGAGUUUCAGACCACCCUGUCCCGCCUUGAUGCUGCCUGGUGGCGCCGCAAUGUCACCUCCGAUGAUGAUGACUCUCUCACCUCCGAUGAUGAUGACCCUCUCACCUCUGAUGAUGAUGAUCCUGUCAUCUCCGAUGAUGAUGACUCUGUCCUCUCCAAUGACAAUGACCCUCCCGCCUCCCUGAGCCAGGCCCUGGCUGCCUACAAGAGCACCCCAUGGACCUCCUGGAACCAUGUGAUACAGGUGGCCAGCAAGUGGCAGGGGUCAGUGUCUGUGCUUGUGAACAGCUGGACUGACCUGGCCAGGAAGGCCACCCACCUCCCCAACACCUGCAAGGAUUUGGCCACCAAGGCAGCCAGUAUGGCCACCACUGCCACUGCCCGGGCCAGGGAGCUGCAGGACGAGGCUGCCCGUUAUGGGACAGCUCAGGGAAACAUGGUGGAGCUGGGUCAGGCCCUGGCCAGGGAGGAGGGGGCUGAGGUGGUGGCCAGGCAUGAAGCCCGGGUGAGGAGAGAUGCCUGGGUGGCUGCCAGCAAGGCAACAAGGGCCACCAUGGUGAGACAGCGGGUGGAGGCGGCCCUGGGGCUGCUGGAGCGCUUGGUGGCCGCGUGUGACGAAGCCACCGUGUUCCCCCAGGAGCUGCAGCGCCUGCUCAGGGACAUCAAGGCCAUCCUGAAGGGGACAAAUGUGGCCUCCCACGAUGUCUCCGAGGACUUGGUGGCCAAGGUGGCCAUGGCCGAGCGGCUGUGGGAGGCCAACGCCCGCCUGGCCAAGGAUCACCUGGGGAAGACACUUCCAGAAAUCAUCGACUUCUUAUUCACUGAUGGUCCCGCCAGCCCCAGCGCCUGUGGGGUGGCCGAGCAGUGCCAAAGAGCCAUUGAGGACAUCCCAAGGCUUGUUGGACCCCGGGAGUGUCCCCAAGGUGUUCCCAAGGUGUCCCCCGUGAGCAUGGAGCUCCAAAAGCUAUCCCUGGCCCUGCUGCAGCCACAGGUCACUGUGGUGGCCACCCUGGGUGAGCUGCUGGCCACCCUGCCCAGGUGGGAUGAGGAGAUGCUGCUGCCCAUGUCCCUAGGGUGCCUGUACAGGGACCUGGAGGAAUUCACCGAGGAGCUCCAGUACAGACUGUACGGCAUUGAUAACCCCUGGUGGCACCACAGUGUCACCUUCGAUGAUGAUGACCUUCCUGUCUCCCUGAGCCGGACCUUGGCUGCCUACAAGAGCACCCCAUGGACCUCCUGGAAGCGUGUGAAAAUGGCAGCCAGCAAGUGGCAGGGGUCAGUGGCUGUGCUUAUUAACAGCUGGGCCCAGCUGGCCAGGGCAGCCACCAAGCUCAGCAACACCUGCAGGAAGGUGGCCAAUGAAGCGUCCGACAUGGCAGCCACUGCCACCGUCCAGGCCAGAGAGCUGCAGGACAAGGCUGCCCUUGAUGGGACAGCUCAGGAAAACAUGGUGGAGCUGGAUCAGGCCCUGGGCGGGGAGGAGGGGGCCCAGGUGCUGGCUGGGCAGGAAGCCCAGGUGAGGAGAGAUGCCUGGGUGGCUGCCAGCAAGGCAACAAUGGCCACCAUGGUGAGACAGCGGGUGGAGGCGGCCCUGGGGCUGCUGGAGCGCUUGGUGGCCGCGUGUGAUGAAGCUACCGCGUUCCCCCGGGAGCUGCAGCACAGGGUUAGGGACAUGAAGGCUGCCCUGAAGGGGACAAAUGAGGCACCCACCGAUGUCCCCAAGGACUUGGUGGCCAAGGUGGCCGUGGCCGAGCGGCUGUGGGAGGCCAACGCCCGCCUGGUCAAGGAUCACCUGGCAGACACACUUUGCGACAUCUUCAACUUUGCUUUUGAGGGUGGUCCCUUCAUUUUCUGUGAGGUGGCUGAGCGGUGCCAAAGAGCCAUCGAGGACAUCCCAAGGCUCGUUCGACCCCCAGAGGAUCCCUGUGAUGUCCCCAAGGUGUUCCCAGUCAGCAUGGAGCUCCAAGAGCUGUCUCCGGCCCUGCUGCAGCCACAGGUCACCGUCGUUGCCAUCCUGGGCGAGCUGCUGGACACCGUGCCCAGAUGGGACAAGACGCUGCCCGUGUCCCUAAGGUGCCUGUACUGGGUCCUGGAAGAUUUCACCAGGGAACUCCGGCCCACCCUGUACUGCAUUGAUGACACCUGGUGGUGCCACAAUGUCACCUCUGGUGAUGAUGACCCUGUCACCUCCCUUAGCCAGGUGCUGGCCGCCUCCAAGAGCACCCCAGGGACUGUCCGGAACUGUGUGAUAAUGGCGGCCAGCAAGUGGAAGCAGUCAGCGUCUGUGCUUGUGGACAACUGGGUAGAGCUGGCCAGAAAGGCCACCAACCUCUGCAACACCUGGAGGGAGGUGGCUGCCGUGGCGGCCAACUUGGUGACCACCGCCACCGCCCGGGCCAGGGAGCUGCAGGCCGAGGUUGCCCAUUACUGGACAGCUCAGGAAAACAUGGUGGAGCUGGGUCAGGCCCUGGGCGGGGAGAAGGGGGCUGAGGUGGUGGAUGGGCAUGAAGCCCGGGUGAAGAGAGAUGCCAGGGUGGCUGCCAGCGAGGCAACAAAGGCCACCAUGGAGAGACGGCAGGUGGAGACGGCCCUGGGGCUGCUGGAGCGCUUGGUGGCCGCGUGUGACGAAGCCACCGCCUUCCCCCGGGAGCUGCAGCGCAGGGUUGGGGACAUUGAGGUCACCCUGCAGGGGACAAAUGAGGCUUCCCCCAGUGUCCCUGAGGACUUGGUUGCCAAGGUGGGCGUGGCCGAGCGGCUGUGGGAGACCAAUGCUCGCCUGGCCAAGGAUCACCUGGUGGGGACAAUUCAAGACAUCAUCGACCACUAUUUCGGUUGUGGUCCUGACAGCCCCCGUUGCCACAGGGUGGCUGAGCGGUGCCAAAGAGCUAUCGAGGACAUCCCAAGGCUCAUUCGACGCCCAGAGCGUCCCCAAGGUGUCCCCAAGGUGACCCCAGUGAGCAUGGAGCCACAAGAGCUGUCCCCCACCCUGCUGCAGCCACAGGUCACUGUGGUGGCCAUCCUGGGAGAAGUGCUAGCCACCCUGCCCAAGCUGGACAAGACGCUGCCCGUGUCCCCUGGGCGCAUGUACUGGGACCUGGAGGAAUUCACCAAUGAGCUCCAGUUCACCCUGUACUGCUCUGAUGACACCUGGCGGCGCCGCAAUGUCCCCUCCAAUGACGAUGAUCCUCUCACCUCCCUGAGCCGGGCCCUGGCUGCCUAUAAGAGCACCCCAUGGACCACCUGGGAUGAUGUGACAAUGGUGGCCAGCAAGUGGCAGCAGUCAGUGAAUGCAAUGCUAAACAGCUGGGCCAAGCUGGCCAGGGCAGCCACCAAUCUCUGCAAUGCCUGGAGGGAGGUAGUCAAUGAGGCAGCCACCAAGGUGGCUGGAGACACCACCCGGAACGGGGACCUGCAGUACGAGGCUGCCUGUGAUGGGACAGCUCAGGAAAACAUGGUGGAGCUGGGUCAGGCCCUGGGAGGGGAGGAGAGGGCCGAGGUGGUGGCCAGGCAGAAAGACCAGGUGAGGAGACAGGCCAGGGUGGCUGCCAGCCAGGCAAGAACGGCCACCAUGGUGAGACAGCGGGUGGAGGUGGCCCUGGGGCUGCUGGAGCGCUUGGUGGCUGCGUGUGACGAAGCCACCGCCUUCCCCCGGGAGCUGCAGCGCCUGCUCAGGGACACCAAGGCCAUCCUGAAGGGGACAAAUGACGUAUCCGGCAGUGUCCCCGAGGACUUGGUGGCCAAGGUGGUCGUGGCCGAGCGGCUGUGGGAGGCCAACGCCCGCCUGGCCAAUAGUCACCUGCGGGGGACAGUUCCAGACAACAUCAUCAGGUUCUAUAUUGAUGGUGGUCCUCACAGUCCCAGUGCCUGUGAGGUGGCCAAGUGGUGCCAAAGAGCCAUUGAGGACAUCCCAAGGCUUGUUCAACCCUCAGUGUGUCCCCAGAGUGUCCCCAAGGUGUCCCCAGUGAGCAUGGAGCUCCAAGAGCUGUCCCCAGCCCUGUUGCAGCCACAGGUCACCGUGGUGGCCAUCCUGGGCGAGGUACUGGCCACCCUGCCCAGUCUGGACGAGAUGGCUCUGCUGCUCACAUCAUCAGGGUGCCUGUACUCGGACCUGAUGUCCUUCACCUGGAAGCUCCAGGACACUCGGGACUGCAUUAAUGACACCUGGAGACACCGCAAUAUCCCGUAUGAUGAUGACGACCCUGUCCCCUCCCUGAGCCAGGCCCUGGCUGCGUACAAGAGCAUCCCAGGGACCACCCAGAAGCGUGUGACAAUGGCGGCCAGCAAGUGGCAGGGGUCGGUGGAUGCACUUGUGGACAAGUGGGCUGAGCUGGCUAGGGAGGCCACUGAGCUCCGCAACACCUGCAGGGAUUUGGCCACCAAGGCGGAUGACGAGGCGGCCACCGCCACCGCCCGGGCAAGGAAGCUGCAGGACAAGGCUGCCCAUUAUGGGACAGCUCAGGAAAACAUGGUGGAGCUGGAUCAGGUCCUGGGCGGGGAGGAGGGGGCUGAGGUGGUGGCCGGGCAUGAAGCCCAGGUGAGGAGAGAUGCCAGGGUGGCUGCCAGCGAGGCAGGAAGGGUCAGCACAGUGAGACAGCAGAUGGAGGCGGCCCUGGGGCUUCUGGAGCGCUUGGUGGCUGCGUGUGACAAAGCCACCGCCUUCCCCCGGGAGCUUCAGCGCCCACUCGGGGACAUUAAGGCCAUCCUGAAGGGGACAAAUGAGACCUCCCCCGAUGUCCCUGAGGACUUGGUGGCCAAGGUGGCCGUGGCCGAGCAGCUGUGGGAGGCCAACGCCCGCCUGGUCAAGGAUCACCUGGGGGGGACAGUUCGAGACAUCAUCAACUGCUAUUUCGGUUUUUGGCCCACCAGCCCCAGUGCCUGUGGGGUGGCCGAGCGGUGCCAAAGAGCCAUCGAGGACAUCCCAAGGCUCGUUCGACCCUCAGAGUGUCCCCAGAGUGUCCCUGCGGUGUCCCCAGUGAGCAUGGAGCUCCAAGAGGUGCAACAGGGGGGAGAGGGGGACAGAAGGGACACUGGAGAGGACAUGGGGGCUGGUGGGGGGUGCCAGCAGGAACAAGAGGCUGACCAAGGGACGGAGGGCCAAAGGGGACCCCUCAGGGGCACGGGGCCACUGCAGGAGGCCACAAGUGUCACCAGGUCUUUGACACCUCUGCAGCUGCAGGCACUGGUGGCUGUGGUGGCCACCCUGGGUAAGGUGGUGGCCACCAUGACCGGGCCACACGGGGCCAAGUCCCCAAACUCUCUGCAUGAGGACCUGAAGAACUUCACCCAGAGCCUUCGUGCAAUCCUGAACCAUGGCGCUGUCACCUCCCUGGGCCACCAUGGUGUCCCCUCCCUGGGCCAGGCCCUGGCCACCCUCAGGGCAACCCCAGGGACCACCUGUGCUGAUGUGAGAGCCAGUGUGGCCAGCACCUGGCGGAAGUUUGUGGCCAAGAUUGUGGACAGAUGGGACUGGCUGGCCAGGGAGGCCACCAAGCUCUGUGAGAAGGUGGUCAUGGAGCAGCAGCUGAUGGUGGCCCUGGACGAGGAGGAGGUGGCCAGGGAAUUUGCCACGCAUGAUGCCGAGGUGGCAGCAGCCACCAAUGAGGCCAUGGCAGAGGCUGUGGUGGCCACCAGGUGGGCAAUGGCAGCCACCAGGAGGGGACAUUGGGCAGAGGUGGCCUUGGAGCUGCUGCAGCACUUGGUGGCCACAUGUGACAGAGCCACCUUGUUCAACUGGAUCAUGGAAUGGUGGCUCAGGGACAUUGAGGCCACCCUGAAGGGGACAAAAGAGGUGUCCCCUGAUGACCCCGAGGCCUUGGUGUUCAAAGUAGCCAAGUUUCAGUGGCUGUGGGAUGCGAGCACCCACCUGGCCAAGGAGCACCUGCUGGGGACACUUGGGGACAUCGACAACAUCCUCUUGAGUCCCUGUGGUGGCCAGGGUGGCCCCGAUGGCCCUGGCAGCCGCGCAGUGGCCAUGCGGUGCCAAAGAGCCGUCGAGGACAUCUCAAGGCUGCUGCAGGAACGUUUCACAUGGGAGCAGUGAUAUCACUGGGACAUUCCUGCUGUCACCUGCUCCCUCCCGUGCAGUAUUUGAGACAGAUUUGGGGAAUUUUCUGGGAAUUUUCAAUAGUACUGUCCCAAAUCCUGAUGGAAAUUCCUGGGGUGACGUCACUGGGGACACUCAGGGACAUGCAGGGACAGGGACAGGGGUGAAUGAGUCCCCUCAAGAGCUUCCAGCUUUCCAUUGUGCCUGCAGCAGAGCCAGGUCAUAAAUUGCAAUUUUAUAAUUAGCUUCUGCAAUUCUGCAUUGCCUUCUGCACUUUUGUAUUGCCUUUCGCACUUUUUUAUUGCUUUUUGUACUUUUCUAUUGCCUUUGACACAUUGUUAUUGAUCAUCACCAAUUUGAUAUGGCAUUUGAUGCUGAUAUUGAUUAUUGAUGAUUCCUUGUAGCUGCUGGUUGAUGCAACAUAAUCUAUCAGUUUGUGUGUGCACCAUUGUCCUAGGUUGACUAUAUGAUGCUUUUAUCCCCAAUCGUCUCAUUCCGUUUAUGCUGAAUAGUAAGUUUUGCACCUUUAAGACUUGCUUCAAAGAUUGAGGGGGGGAGAGGAGGGGCGCAGUUUGUUUUCAGACACUGAACUCACUCCUACACAUUCCUGCUUCUGGACUGCGUGGUUCUGCGGAUGAACAGACAGCGGGACAGAGCUCUUUUUUUUCUUGCUUUUUAGUUAGUUUAGCUAGCUGAGGCAAAGAAGUUCCCUGGACUGCACUUUUUUUCCCUUUUUUCCCCUUUCUCUGGACCUGUUCACACCUGCUCUGGACUGAACAACCAUAAGAGCACCAGCAGCUCGCCUCGGUGGGCCGGGCCGGGCCUGGGCCACGGCAUUUCCAGCGCCAGAGGGACUGAUAAGGGACUGAGUGAGCUGAACUGGAAUCUGGGGAGGGGACUUUCUGGGUUUGUCAUCUCCUUUGGAGCAGCAAGGGGUUUGAUUGUUUAAUAUUAAGUUUUCUUGUUUAAUAAACAGUUUUUUUCCACUUUU